AUAAUUGCAGUUAUACAGUUUAUUUUUUUGGCAUUUUGUUGUGCUUACGAGGGCAGGACACAGCUGUGGUUUAGCUGAAGUAAAACUGUUAAUCAGUCAGAGAAGUUAAACUAUAAAUAUCCAAAGUAUGCAGCAACUCUUUGUCGGUCAUUGCAGACUCCGUCUCUGAUGUACAGACCCCUUUUCAAAGGCCGAUCAUACCAUAAAAUACCAAAAGACGUUGUUUCUACAAUCCUCAUUUCAGAUUUCCACCACAGCUACGGACGUCGUCCUGGUAAUGCUUCAAAGUGAUGGAAAAUAUUUUUUUACUCCUACGAUAGGACUGGAAAUUCUGUUUGUACUUGAAAGAAAACUCCAAUGAUCUGGCACACACACACUCCUGUGAUCAAAGGCCCACACACACUCCUAUGAUCUUGGAUCUCAUCGCAUGGUAGUGAAUCCUCUCAGAAUAUAUAUAUAUAUAUCUAUAACCAUUUUCCGCUUGUAGCAGACACAGCGGCGAGACACUGAGUUCCUUGACCAUGCAUUGGGAAACCGGACUGAGACCACCAGCCGGAAAGACGAGCAGAAUUCUUGAGGAACCGCAUACAGACACCUGAAAGGAACUCUUCAUCGUGACACGGCCUGGUUAUUGGAACCUUUCUCUGUAAAGGGAAACACCCACAGUUCUUACCGGACUCUCCACAGCGAUUCGAACUGUCCAACCAACACACAACUCGCGCAGUAUUUUUCACUACAUUACAUUUUGCUGACGCUUUUGUCCAAAGCGACUUACAAUCAUCGGGGCAGGAAGCGAUAAAACUACAACGCGCCCGGCGGGCGGUCGGUCGCUCGGUCGCGGGGAGAGGAAGGUCCAGGUCCAGGCUCGAGGCUCCAGGCUCCGUCCCGACAUGUCGACCCUCCGGUGCGUGCUGUUGCUCGGCCUCUGUCCCGCGGUGUGCGGCCUCCUCCAGACUCUGUACUGCGCCUGGUCGCAGCGCUGCGACUGCGACUUCAAGCCGAACGUCCGAGACUUGGAGUGGGACCUCUACAAGAACGUCUACGGUCAACACCUGGCGCAGGACAUCGUGUCCGAGGAGGUGGCCCGGUUCCUCCAGAACAAAAGCCCCGACCGGCCCCUGGUGCUGUCCUUCCACGGCUCCUCCGGGACGGGCAAGUCGCUGGUCAGCUCCAUGCUGGGGAACCACCUGUACGGCUCGGCCAUGAGCAGCCCGUACGUCCACCAGUUCGUCCCCACGCUGCACUUCCCCUCGCCGCAGCACGUCGACGAGUACAAGGAGCAGUUGAAGAGCUGGGUGAAGGGGAACCUGACGGAGUGCGCUCGCUCCGUCUUCAUUUUUGACGAGAUGGAGAAGAUGCCCCCGGGUCUCGUCGACGUCCUGGAGCCGUUCCUGGGUCCGUCCCACGUCGUGUUCCUCACCAACUACCGCAAGGCCAUCUACGUCUUCAUCGGCACCACGGGUGAGGAGGUGAUCAACAGACGGAUGGUGGAGAACCGGCAGGCCGGACGGGAGCGGGAGGAGAUCGACUUGGCCGAACUGCAGGACGCCGUCGCGCACACGCUUUACACCACCAACACGAGCGGCUUCUUCCAGUCGAGCAUCGUCAAGCAGAAGCUCGUCACCAGCUUCGUUCCCUUCCUGCCGCUGAGCCGGCGCCACGUGGAGCAAUGCGUCCGCUCGCAGCUCAGCCAGCGGGGCAGCUGCGGCCGCACUGACGUGGUGGAGGCAGUAGGGGGCGACAUGACCUACGCCCCCGCGCCGGGGCAGUACUUCUCCACCACGGGCUGCAAGGCCGUCGCCGCCAAAAUCAACCUCUUCCUGUGAAGCGAGCCGUUGGUUCUUUUAUUUAAAUGUUUUGGGACCGAAAGGGAAACUUCUUCCUCUGAGGUGAGUCGCUGGAAACAAACGGGAGCUGUGACCGUCCUGCCUCGUGGAGGUCAGAGGUCAGAGCGGAGGGAAUCAAACUCGCGACCCCUCGGUGCCAGGUUUCCCCCGAAGACGUUCGUCGCUCCACGUUCCCGUCUGUGAGACUCGAGUCGCUCUACCUCAAACCCAACUCCACUUCUGAUUCGUGAAGUUGGUUCAGAUUGUUUACUACAUGUUUAGUUUCUUUUAAAUUCAUUAUUAUUCAUUAUUAUUCCAUAUCUUUAUUUUUUUCCCGGCGUCGUCUCGAGGUUCCAGCCGGAGCUUUGGUUCCUCGCUCGUCUUUUCAGCGUCUCACAGGAAAAGAGAAGGAGCUCGGACUCUUUUCUCACUGUUAUGUCUUAAAAAAUACUUUUUUUCUCCAUAUAUAGACUCUUUAUGAACUUUUUAAUUUCUUUGACAGACAAAGACUUUGAGGGAGUUUCAGGUAAAAACCUUUAGUCUGUAAAAUGUUGUUUUAUAUUUUGAAGAGGUUUUGGAAGUUAAACUCACAAACUCACUCAAAAUAUAAAAGUGUUGAGACAUUACAAAAUGACUUGAAAACAAAAAAGAUGGAGGAAAAAAUAAUAAAUCCCUCUGAAUGAUGAAUUAUUAUCAUAAUUCAAGUACAGUUCAAAAACUUUAAAAUGAGUGUGGCUGCAGAAAUGUAAAGGGAACUUCGAGGCUACAGGUACAAGUGUUUUUAUAUAAGAACUCCAAUAUUGAUAUUGAAUAUCAGAUCUUUAAAUAUGACCUUAUGGCUUCACUCUGACUUUUUUAAAUAUAUUUUUUAUUAUGAACUAGAAUGUUACUCAGAGCUCGACUGUCCUGAAAUCCAAUCAAGACACAUUUGCACAUUUGUUUUUUAUUCUUAAUGAUCCAGGAAUUAUUCACUGGAAAAUCAGGGACAAAAAAAUAGUUCAAUAGAAAGAGAUAAAACAAUAAAACAAUUCCUGGAUCCCCAGCUUCCUCCGUGUUCCAUCAAUCCACCAAGGUCUCUGGAAUUAUCUGAUCGGGAGUAUUUCAUCCUGCUGAAAAACAUACAAACGAUGGGUGAAAUCAUAAGUGAAAGUGCCAAACAUAGUUAAUUUUUUAAAAGCUGAAAGAAGAAGAAGAAGCAGAAGAUGGAUUUAUGUUUACUUUAACAGUCUGUGUUCCAGCAGCACGUGAGCUCUUCUGCCACCAGGGGGCAGUAAAGACUCGACGCAGAGUUUCACCUGGUGCUUUUUUUAAAAAUCACUCACUCCCUCAUAAGUGACUGUAAUUAUUUAUUUGACCUUAUUUAAUUUCAUUGUAUUUUUAGUGUAAGCAUGUAUUUUCACGGUGACGACACUUUAAACUGCACUUUUCCUUCACGGAGACGUCGAGAGAGAUUCGCUCUGUGAAGACAAAGUGAGACUGAGUCCGGGUGAACACUUUUUGAUGAUGAAAAUUAUCACGUACUCAUUAACGACUUUAAAUUAUAUAUUGUUUAUUGUAUUGAAUCAUGGGUUUAUGAAGAAAUGCAGGAUUUCUUAAAAAAAAUUUUUUUAUUGACGAGCUGGUUGAUGAAGAUGAAUUUUCUUUCCCAUGUCAUAAUAUCAGACACACGACGAUCUGAGUUUUCAGGCCGACUUGUGUCUUUUGUGUUUGAUUCAGACUUUACAUUGUUGUUGUUUUUAUUUUUUUUGUUCUUUGACCUUUAAGUUUUCAGUUUCAGCGACUGAAACUUUACCCUGAAUCAAAAUGUAACUUCUGUUACAUUGUAAAGUGAGAAAAAUAAAAAAUAUCCAGGAAAAGA